GAUCGGGACGACAGAAGGAUGAGCAGAGGCUUUAGGGAUCGGGACAGAGACAGAGACUGGGACCGAGAUCGGCGAGACCGCGAUCGGCAGUGGGGAGGCGGUUUAUUACAUCGUCCAGGUCCCGACUACAGAAGCAGCAGAGAGGCAGACUGGGGCCGAAGUGGGCCUAGAGGCGACGAAUGGCGUGAGAGGGACUGGGAGGCGCGCGACAGGGAGAGGCAGAGGGAACGAGAGCGCGAGAGAGAGAGGCAGAGAGACCGCGAAAGAGGGCGGGAUCGAGAUCGCACGAGGGAGAGAGACGAUGAACGCGAUCGUGAUCGCGAUCGUCUCCGCGAAAGGGAUGAGGGAAGAAGGCGAGACGUCGAGAUGCAGCGCAGACCCUCGGACCUCGGAGGAGACCUCGAGGGCGCCUCACCCCAGACAUUGAGCGCGGGCCAAUCGCCCGUAGUCAGAGCAGAGGAAGGAACGACAGUGCCGGGAGCGAAUGUCAAGGUAGAGAGAGAUGCCGAAGGCCGUCGAAUCAGGAGCCGCUCUCCUGCAUCUGGGAAAGCCUCACCUGGCUCAACACGGGGUUUGAGCCCUUCGCAGCGCUCAUCUCGCCCUUCGAUCGAUGAAAGUGCCGACAUCAGGCGACGCUCUGGUCCAUCGACACCAGUGGAUGUUGCAGGUCGAUCGGCGAUAGGACGGCCGCCACCGACAGGCCCUCGGGGUCUCUACAGCGGCGGCCCAUCCUCCGGCAGGAGGCAAGAGCCACCUCCAAGGUCCUUGAGCCGCAAGGUAGAUCUACAAGGGGCCCCUCUCGCCCCUGGUGGGUUCCCUGUGAUCAGCCAAGAAAGCCCUCUUCUUCAGGUUCCGGACGCCCCCCGAGGUUCCAUUACUGCUGCACCACCUGCAUCAUCGUCUACACCAGCUCAAGAUCCUUUUCGCCCGAAUCAGGGUCCACGAGUCUCUUCGUCAGGACCUUCGACUCCCUUGGCCUCAGCCCCUCCUGCUGCCGCCACACCGACUUCCAAGGUACGAGCGCCAUUCACUGCCUCUGAUUUCCCCUCGAGCAUCAAUCCGGAGCUCGAGGCGGAAGUGGCCAACCUGUCCUCUAGCCGGCUGGCUGCCUCGUGUUCACACAAGCUGCAGUCGACUUCGGUCGCGCUCCGCGCAGCCUUGGGCGAGCUUGCAGAGGUUGAGGUCGAGCUUGCGGGUGCCAGACUCAAGACGACAGUCACGGAAAAUUCGUUGGACAAGCUCAGAGAAGAGUUCGAGGCCUACACAGUAGAGGCUGGAAGGGCCGAGGCUAAAUCCAUCUCGGAGCCAUGGUUAGUCGAUGUGUGAGUUCUUGGGUGGCGAAUGCUGUAUCAUUAGUGUCCUCGUGGCGAAUGCAAUUCCUGAAUGCAGGACAGACCGAAUCUGCUAUGAGAUCCACUCAGCAGCAGCAGAUCCCCAACGCUUGUUGAAAGCCCCACUGGAGCAACCUUCAUCCCCUGUAACAGCUAUCCAGCAUUGUCUCGCCCCGGCCGUCGUUCCAUCUUUGCCUUUUGACUGUUCACUGUGACAAAGACUCCUACAAGCGCCAUGCUCCAAGCGCCCUCGGGCGUCCUCUCGAGUAGGUACGAUCUCAUUCACGUAUGUAGAUAGAGCAGAGUCCCUUAAGGGGCUCUCGAUUUGUCUCCUAGCUUGUUCCGCGACGAGCAGACAGAGAACAAGAGAUCUUCCUCUCCGAGUAUGCUCUCUUGGCCAAGCCCCCUCGGGAGUUUGUUUGACAAGUGACAUAAG